UGCCCUGUUACGUUGGGUGAGCCAGACAGUGUUGAAAAAAUGUUAUGCAAACACUAUCGGCUAGGUCGGAUAAACAUUACCAGUGUUGGCAAGUAACAGUUUUUCAUCAAGAUCAUUCAUUCUUGUCGGGAUCAUGUGAUUGAUGCGGUCGGUGAAACACACUCAUUAUACCAUGGGUUGAGGGUUUAACACUGACAGAGACAAGAAAUCUCUCUUCCGUUUGUUAUAACGAGGGAUGUAUGUCACAAGUCAGCUAAGAGCCUGAAGACGGUUGUCAAUCAGCCGGUAUCUUCUCUUUCUGGGUGGUGCUGACCAGUGGGCUCCAAUUCGUUGAAUGGCGACUUCUACGUUGGAUUGUUCUCUUUGAAAUAGCGUAACAACUUCAAAAAUGUGCGGAUAGCUCUCUUCCUGGCAAGUCUUUUGAGUUUGUGAUUCCACCCCUCGACGUUAUUGUUAGUGCGAUGCCCUUGGUUACCAAAAAGGUUCCAGAUCUCAGGUCCGAAUUGGCGUCCUUCCACCCACGUUGUCGUGACGUAGUCCAUGAAGGCUUGGGACCCGCGGGACUGUCAGCGAUGGCUUGGAGCCAGACGUCGUCGACCUUGUCCAAGGGAAGCAGAGGCAAGGCUGCGGCUCUUCUCACCAGUCGUCGCACUUCAUCAUCGUUCUUGUAGUCCGUAGCCAGACCUUCCUUCUGUACUCGACGCCAAAUGCACUUGGUGAAGUGAAAAUAACAGCCCCUGAUCAAAGUGUUGGGAAAGGCACUUGUUCGGGAGCAGACAGUACACAAGCGGGAACAUGUGGCCUUGGAAUUCAGCAGGAAGUUUAGGAAGGGUCUUGUGGCGUUGUCGGUACAGAAUGGUCUUCAGGAAUGGAAUUUCUUUAAGCAGGUCGUCUGGAACUACGUCGUGGUGGCAGCGAAGUCUGGAAAUCUCGUCUCCGUAUAUGGUUGGAAUCGGUGUUGUUUCCGUCUAAGCAUGGUGGAUGAGCUUGGACCUAAAAGAUUCCACUUCCAUCUCAUAUGGGAUAGGUUGGCGGGUAUGGUUCACCUGCAAUUAAAUAAUUGUAUUUUAACUAAUAUUAACUAUAAACAAAUACAUACAUGUGACAAAUACCUGUGGUAUCUAAAAAUAAGUAAUAAUAAUAAGUAAAAUAAAUAACUGAAUAGUUUGUUAAGCAAAGUCUUUUGAGUCUAUGCCUUUAAGAUUAUUAUCAUCAUUAUCAUAUGCAGGCAGCAACAACGCAGUUCUAAUACUUCUUCUCACGAACCGUUUUCUUACAACGAAACUUGAAGCCCUCAUAAAACAAGUGCUGACCACCACGCACGGUAUCAACCAUGGUCACUCGAACUUGUGCAUUAGCCAUUUUGGACAUAGAUAAAUAAGUUGCAAUCUUUAAAUAUACCAUCAAAUACAUACUGUAUGUAUUCUUAAGAAACGACUCUCCUCUAAACCCAUCGGUAUCAUAACCCAUAUCAACUAAGAAACUAAUUGUUUGUUCAAUUAGGAAACUGAUCAUCUCUUCUCCUGUUUAAACAUCCAACUUCCAACAUCCAAUUUUUUUACGAAACGACUCUCUAGUAAAUCUCCUCUCCUCUCCUCUGUUUGUAACAGCACGGGCGCUAAUCUAAACAACGGUAACCCGGUGGCUUAUAGCAAUUACUCAUUUCUCGCCUUCGUAGGUCAAAUACCCCAACUUGGGUUUUCGCUCGACUGAUACUAGGGAAAAUUGGAUUUUCGCUAACCCGACACGACACCUGUUUACCUGCACUAGUUGAGUGCCAAGGUUGAAGUCAUUCAUGUGUGAAAAAUGCUGUCGAGGCAUCUGUAAACGGCUGAAGAAAUGCAAAUGUAGCCUAGUUUAGACGAUGCGCUUGUUUUGUGUACAGAUGUGACGGCGACGUUGGGGAGACCUGACACACGUGAGCAUGAAUAGCCAUGUUUACCUGUACUAGUUUACUGCCAAAGUUGAACACAUUCAUGUGUGAAAAAAGCUGUCGAGGCAUCUGUACACCUUUUGUCGAAUUGCAUUAUUAAAGUACAUCAAGAUAAGACAUCAUAUUUCGUAUUUCCUUCACCGAACAGACUCUGCAUUCAUCACAGUUUGUGACGGAUUACGGAUACGAACGAACUAGCACUUGUUUUGCAGCGAUGGAUUCUGAAACCGACAAGGGAGAGAAGGGUGCUGAGGUGAUCCCCUUGUCUGAAUCGUUCGACAGAAGUGACUCCGGGGAUGACACGCCAGCGAGAGGAACAUGGGGCUCACAGAUCGACUACCUCUUGUCUGUGAUCGGGUUCUGUGUUGGCCUAGGAAACGUGUGGCGCUUUCCCUAUAUCUGCAAUAGAAAUGGCGGAGGUGCCUUCCUAAUCCCGUUCAUUGUGUGCCUGGUGCUGUGCGGCCUGCCUCUAUUCUUCCUCGAGGUGGCAAUGGGACAGUUCUCUGGCAAAAGUGCUACCCAUGUGUGGAGCGUGUGCCCCUUAAUGAAAGGUGUUGGUAUCGGGAUGCUCAUUAUAUCUGCCGGCACCGCCGUGUACUCCACCACCAUCUGCGCGUGGUCGCUGUACUACACCAUCUUCUCCUGUCGAGCCGUCCUUCCCUGGACCGACUGUGGCAACUCCUGGAACACUGACAGUUGUGUGACGAACCUGCAAGCUCUAUCGCAAGGGCUCACUGAAGUCGCCAACUUCACAUUGUUAAAUGGAACGGAUGUGAACUCAACACUAACAGUGUACAACAACACAACUGUCCCAGGCAGCAGUGGAUGGGGACCCAAUGACACCCUAGCUCACACGGCAGCAGAGGAGUUCUGGCAAUAUAAAGCCCUCAGUAUCAGCGCAGGCCUGGGGCAGCUGGGAGGCAUCAGGUGGGAGUUGGCGCUGUGUCUCCUUGCCUCCUGGGUACUCAUAUUCGGAUGCAUCGUGAAGGGUGUCAGGUCUGUCGGGAAGGCUGUCUACGUGACUGCCACGCUACCCUACGUCAUCCUCACCAUCCUGUUCGUCCGAGGCUUGACGUUACCCGGAGGAACAAAGGGCGUCCUGUUCUACAUUACUCCGGAUUUCAGCAAACUACUGGAAAUUCAGGUCUGGCUUGAGGCAUGUCUCCAGGUGUUCUAUUCGCUCGGACCCGCAUGGGGAGGUCUCGUUACCAUGGCAAGCUACAACAAGUUCAACACCAACUGUCUCAGGAAUGCCAUCAUCUGUACAUUCGUCAGCGAGGGAACAAGCCUCUUCGCAGGCCUGGUCAUCUUCUCAAUACUUGGAUUCAUGGCUCAUGAGGCUAACAUCCCCAUCAGUGAUGUGGUGUCCUCAGGGCCAGGACUUGGCUUUGUGAUUUACCCAGAAGCCCUGGCGCAACUUCCGCUUCCGCAGCUGUGGAGUUUCGUCUUCUUUAUUAUGUUGAUUCUGUUGGCCAUGGAUUCGUUGUUUUCAUUAGUUGAAACGGUGACGUCGGCCAUAUUGGAUGAGUACCCCUCUCUGCUGAAAUGGCGAGUCCCUGUUACUCUUGGAUAUUGCCUUGUGUCCUUUCUGCUGGGGCUAAUAUUCACCACUGAGGGUGGAAUGUAUAUUUUCCAAUUGGUCGACUGGUACUUUGUUGUCAUAUUCCUGAUCUUCUACGGAUUUAUCGAGUGCAUCAUUUUCGGAUGGGUAUAUGGAGUGAAUCGUGUCAGUGCAGACAUAGAACUGAUGCUCGGGAGACCGGUUCCGUUCUUCUUCAAGAUAACCUGGUGCUACAUCACACCUGCCAUGCUCCUGAUAACGUUCAUUUUCACCCUGGUCCAGUACCAGCCUCCGACCUAUGGGAGGUAUGUUUACCCCGACUACGCUGUUACCAUUGGAUGGUGCUUGGCCUCCAUCCCCGGCAUCCCAUUCGUGGUGAUGAUGUUCCACGCCAUCUACAAGGAGGAGGGGAAUCUGGUGCAGAGAUUCCAGAAGUCCUUGAAACCUGACAGCUCCUGGGGACCAUCCAAGUCGUCAUUGAGGGUGUCUUACAUGGACAAACACAACAAAGCCAACCCUCUGAAAGACACCUUCAUUUCAUCGCUGUCUUGUAGAUCAUAGAUAUACAUGGACAUGUUUUGUAGAAAACAGCUUUCUUGCAUGUGAGUUUUCUUCGAUGUGAUGUGACUGUAUGCUAGGCAUCGAUUUUGUGGUCCAGAUGUAUGUUUCUGGCCCGAUGCCGUUCAGUGUCUCCGUGGGAUAUUGUGACCAUUAUCAGUAGUCCUGUAUGUGAGUACUAAAUAUAAAUAGUAGAUGUUUCUGUACGUAAUAUGUGAUAAGUGUAGAAGUACAUGUACAUUCUUGGUCCAGUGGUUUUGCUGGGCAGCUGACAGUGAAUCUAUGGUGUAAGAAUCUACAUCGAAACAUCGCUAUAUGCAAUACACCAAUCAGAAUACACUGUUUGUUUGUAUUUGGAGAACUCACAUUACUGAAAGUAUCAUACCGUUGUUUAUUUGGCAAGGCGCUAGUUUAUUUAUCGGUAAAGGUUGCAGAAGGGUAUUGAAGUUAUAGUGCAUAAUGACAGCACUAGGCACAUCGCUCGGGAAACGCCUUGUUGAAUGUGUAUGGGUAUGUGAGUGAGGGGUGUGUGUGAGUGAGUGAGUGAGUUAGGCGUGAGUGAGUGAGUGAGGGGUGGGGUGCGUGUGUUUGGGUGGUUGGUUGCUUGCGUUGGUGUGUGGGUGGUUGAGUGAGUGAAUGAGUGAGUGAUAGCAUAAUUUUCCUUUACAUUUUUAUUGCAUGGAGACCGUUCUCACCGUCACAUGCAGGGCACGUGACAUUGUUGAACUUGUAGAAUUGAUCAGUAUUGUUGGUCAUGGCAACUGCACAUUAGUAACAUUGUAGUAUUCGGACAGUUUAUGUUGAAUAUUUUUUAACAUUGGCAGUCUUUGCUGUUUAUUUUGUAAAUGAGCCUUUUUUGCAAAUAUACUCUUCAAAAAAAGAAACUUGACACAGACGUAAAA